AUGUGCGAAAACACCCAUUUUCGCGAGCUCGGCCCCCCGGGUGGCCGCUGCUUCCUCAGCGCGCGGGUCCUCGGCGCCCCGGAGAAGGCGGAGCUGGCGCGGGAGGUGCGCGCGGUCUCGCCUCGCUCCGCGGCUCAGCGCACGGGGUGGAGCCGACCGGGGCGGCGUCGGGAGAAUUCGGCGUCGGGCGCGUUCCCCAUGGAGCCCUUGGGAAAGCCUCCUACCCCGGCGGAGGAGCGGCCGUCCGAGAAUCCCGAGAGCAGCCCGAGUCCGGCUGGGACGGUGAAAGAGCCUGGGGGCGCGGGCCAGGCCCCCGCUGGCGGGAAAAAGCCGCCUCCGCCUCGCCCCACGCUCCUUCGGGUGCCGCCACCCAGUCUGGGCUAUGGCGCUUUCCGCCGCCAGGUAUCCGCCAGCCCGGAGCCACCGUCGCCCGGCCCCCUCGGUGGCGAGCUGUCCCGGGACGGCGAGGCGUCGGGGGCCGAGCUGCGCGGCCGCGACGCGGAUGGCUGGAUUAGCCCCACCGAGGGGCUCGCGGCGUCGCUGGCUGCCCCCACCUGCCGCUGCCGCUGCAGAGAACUGGGGCUGGAGAAGGAAGAUUCCUCGCUGCUGCAGCGCUCGGAGGCAGACGCCGCGGCCGCGAAACUGCCCCGGGCGAUAAAGCUCAUAGGGCUACCCGCGUACCUGAGGUCUCUGCAGUGGGCCCUGGCGAUCAUGGCUGUGCUCCUGGCCGUGUCCGCGGUGGCCAUUGUGGUCCUGGCCUCCAGAACAGGGGCCAGCUGCCAGCCGUGCCCCAAGGGCUGGGUGUGGUCCGAGGAGCACUGUUACUACCUUUCCGCUGAAGCACAGGCCUGGGAGGCCGGCCAAGCCUUCUGCUCUGCCCACCAAGCCACCCUCCCCCUGCUGAGCCACACCCAGGCCUUCCUGAGCAGGUACCCAGUCACCCGGUACUCCUGGGUAGGGGCCCGGCGAGGCUCCCAGGGCUGGCACUGGACCGACGGGGCGCCCCUGCCGCCGCAGCUAUUCCCAGAGGAAGACAAGGACCAGCCGGAUCUCCAGUGCGCGGGCCUGCAGGGAGGCAAACUUGUGGCUUUCGACUGUGCCUCUGCGAGGCCUUGGGUCUGUGUCAAGGGCACCGAGUGAUUUGGGUUCCACCCACCCUGAGCCUGUGAGGGGUACGCAGGCCCCAGCGCCACCCCUGGAGGCCAGGUUGAGAGCUGGGACAGCCUCACCUGGACCCAGGCCUCCAGGGCCCUUGCUCAGUGGAUCCCGGGCCCGGAAGGGGCCCCCACGGCACAGCCAGGGGAAGGCUGUGACCGGCAGUGACAGCCUCCCCUGGGGGCGCGGCCAGUCCGGCGCCCACAGGCCCUUCCUGCUCAGUGCAGGUGAGCUGGGGCCUCAGCAGGAGCAGCAAGGCCUCUGCUGGGCGUCUCAGCCAGGAAGGUGUCCGUGGGGCCCCACAGAGACACCGUGUUCGGCAGCCACUGUGCUCGGUUCCACGCCUCAGCAGUCAGCGCUCGACACCCCCAGGACAGCAAGUUAGUGGGGUAGUGUGGACUCGGGGGUCCAAGUCACCACACCCCGAUAACCCAAGCAGAACGGGGACUGGUUGGUUAGAAGGCUCCUGAAGGAUCUCGGCAAGCUUCUCUCACUCCGGCCGCCUCCUGGGGAACAGAUGCGGCUGACCAGCAGCCCAGGGUCCACGUCCUCACGCGAGAGGCCAGUGGGCAGGGCUGAAGCCUCGUCACAGGAAGGCCCGACGGCCUCAGGAGGCGCCGUGGGGCGCUGGGCCACACCGGGCAGGAAUGGGCCCUGCUGUUACCAACACGGGGACCCCCUGCACCAAACCCGCCAGGUCACAGGGAUUCAGCAGGGGCCUCACAAGUGACGCUCAAACAUCAGCGGUUUGCUCGAGCUGUGGGUAAGCGCCGAGGCCCUGAAGGAGGUUUGAGCACAGAAAGGAAAGAAGCCCACGACCAAACGACGACUGGAACGGGUACUGCCACCGUCCCCACCCGAGUCCGCUUAAAUGUCAGAAGGAAAGUUUCUGACAUGCGCACCAGGGACGGCGCCCGGGGCUGACAGUUCCGUCUGGACCAACGUCUGGGAAAGACAAGCGGAGACAAGGGCAGACGGGACCGCUGUCGCUGGGCCGGCGGCCGGGGGUGCGGGGAGGGAAACGCCCGGCAGGUGGGUCUGCUCUGGGUCCCGAUGGUGGUGGUCACAACAGAUGCAUUUGUCAAACGCGUGGACUCAACAUUGCUCAAUGACAGCAAUGACACCAAUA